ACCUUGAUCGACACCUCCUCUCACUACUCGGACACCCUGCCACGGUUAAGCAUCUCCUCUUGGGUACAUUGUAGAUGUUUUAAUGCAGCCUAGUAUUUCAGGCCAAGAUGCUGGCCACGUAACUCUUGUCUUCCACCAUCAUCUACUAGCAAUUUCUUGGCGAGACGGUGCUCACAGCUCCGCUCUCACAUACAACGGUUUAUCCUGUUGUUUUCUUGGAUAAUUGAGAUGCCCAAGGGCAAAGAAAAUGCCCGUCAGGGUGGUUCAAAGCGACGUAGGGUAGCUGUCGACAGUGACUCGGAACUCGAAGAUGCUCGACUCCCCGGGAAAAAGCGUAUUGACCACGCCGUGACCUCUAUGACCCAACUCGUCAACCAGAUGUCACUUGACAAGAUGCGUGUCGCUACCGCUCAAUGUCGGACGGCAGAGGCAGAACAGAGACGUGCCGAGGCAGAGCAGAGACGCGUAGAGGCAGAGCGUGCAAGCGAGGAAGCCAGGCUUGCCAGGGUGUCCAAGGAGGCCGAGCUACUGGAAAUCAACCGUGCCUACACGCAAAAGGUAUUAGAGACGUUGGCACUGGCGAAAGAAUUAGGAUUUGAUGCUAAUGAUCUACGCCUCUUUAAGGAUCCGUUGGCAUUCAUCGAGUCCAAGCGACCAUCCAAUGAUUCCACGCUCUCUACCCCUGCUAGACCUCGUCCUGAUGUGGCUCUUCCGUCGCCUGCUCCAACGCCAUCUCAUCCUCCCGCUCAGCCCCAGUAUGAUCCAUCGGCUGCUCAGCCCACGUAUCAUCAAGCUCCCCACCCGCAUCUCAUUCAGCCUCAGUAUCAUUAUCACAAUCAGCCCCCGCAUGCAAUUCAUUAUAAUCAGCCACUGCCUCCUCAAUUUCAGCACCAAAAUUCAUUCCAGAUCCAGCAUGCUACUCAUCCUUCGUACCCUCCUCAGCCUCAAGCCAAUCAAUCGAAUCUCCCCGCUGCCAAUUAUUACAGGCCUCUCCAAGAAAUUUCCCUGAAUCGUAUGCAAGAAAGCCGCCCCGAUGGCCAACCGUCUAUUAAUUCUUAUGUCCCAGCACCUGUCGCUAGACCUUCUCAUACGGACAUUCAAAUGAUGAACACUCUAUAAUUCCACAUUCCUUUCGUCGAGUACAACCUCCUUUUUUACAUGUGUACGCCCUGUAUCCAACGCCUCUGAUAACAUAGCAUUUGCAUCCUCG